GCAGCAGGGCGGGAAGACCUCGAGGGCCGCGGGGCAGCGCCUGCCCAGACCAUCGAGGAAGACCCCCCCUCCUUUUCUGGUGGUCUCGUCUUCUUCGCCGCUGAAGCCCGCCUCCGGGCGUAGGGCAGCCAAUGACGAGCCGCUGGAGGAGAAGCAAGAAGGGGGCAGACGCAUGAGCGUGGCGGGGGAGGGGGCGCGCUCCGCCUCGGUGGGGGUCCCGGUUCCUUCUUGUGGACAAGGCGAAUGCCUGUGCUGCGCGCCCGAAAGGCCUGAUCUGGAGAGGUCUGGCCUUGUUGGAAGGAACAAAAAGACACCAGUGUGGAAUCUCUUGUUAAGAUUUCAGGGUGAUUCGCAGAGCACCGAGGAAACCCCACCAAGAUUUCUGGCUCCAUUACCUCGCAGGAGCUGCAAGAAAAUGAUUCCCCUGCUCAUCUGUGCUCCAAAUUGUACUGUUAGGAUGAAAGAAGCAGAAGGAGGUGAAAGAAGACAAAAAAUAAGGAAGUAGAAGAUCGUUGUUAAUAGGAUGGUUGUUAACAAAUUUGGUGUCUGACAAUGUAAACAUCUGCUGACCCUUAACUCUUUACAGUCUAUACAAGGUAACAAUGUCAUUGAUGCCUGUGAAAUAUGGACGUGACAGCAUCUUAUAUGGGUGACAGAGAAAUGAAGGGACCAUGUGGCCCAGUUACUCCAGGAUCCAUAUUUUGUGCUCGGUUCUGGCAGUGCUGGCUAUUCUGGCCUUUGUUCACAACUUCUAUCGUUUAGAGAAUCUGAAUACUGCAGGAUUGAAGUGGUUGGUAGAAGAUGAUAACCAACAGCCCUCAUCACAGUUGAUUAAAACUUCCCGGAAGCCGUACUGUGGCUAUGAGAAUCAGGUUUUGUCAAAAAGAGAACAAGAGGAAGAAGCGGCCUUAUUUGCUGCUCUACAGUGGCCCAGACCUCAAGAGGAUAAAAUCCCCUUUGUGAGAAGCACUGACCCCUCACAUAGCAACUUUGUGAUAGUGAAUGCCCAUGCCCACUUCAAAGUUGGAGAUCAGUUGGAGGUGCUGGUCUAUGUGAGGGAUUAUGAAGGGAAACCAAAGCAGUAUGGCGGAGACUACCUUCAAACAAGAAUCCACUCUGCUCACCUGAAAGCUGGGGCUAUUGGAAGAGUUUUAGAUUAUCAGAAUGGAUCAUACAGAGUCUUUUUCACCUUACUCUGGCCUGGGGAGGUCAUGGUAUCUGUGUCCUUGGUCCACCCAAGUGAGGGGAUCCAAGUUCUUCAAUAUUUACGAGAAGAAAGGCCAGACAGGGCCUACUUUAAAAGCCUGUUCAAAUCAGGGAGGAUUUCAGAAACCACGGUAUGCAAUGUGUGUUUGCCUGGAGAUAUGCCAGUCUGUAACUUCACAGAUCUUUACACGGGUGAGCCGUGGUUUUGCUAUAAGCCAAGAAAGCUCUCCUGUGCCACCAGGAUCAGCCAUUACAAAGGGGGAUAUCAGAAGGAUCUUUUGACCUCAGAGGAGAGUCGCCUUUUCCAAAGUGAUGUGAAUAUCAAAAUGCCAAUCUCCUCCAGCGGCCCUGAUACUGUGAUCGUAAGGCCCUUGGGGCAUGCAGAAGAGGACAAUCUGGAAAGAUCUCAAAGCCCUGAUGUGUUUCCUUCUGGUUAUUAUUAUCAAGAUGAAUGGCAACCAAGAGCACAAUGGAUUCGGCGUUUUAACAAAUCAUCAGAUAUUACAGAAUGUUUACAGGGGAAGUUUAUCCAUUUGUUUGGAGACUCUACAAUCAGGCAGUGGUUUGAAUAUCUGACAGCAUUUGUUCCAGAUCUUGUGGAAUUAAAUCUUGGCAGUCCCAAAAAGGUUGGUCCUCUCAUGGCUGUGGACCCAAAGCACAAUAUCCUACUAAAAUUCCGCUGUCACGGACCCCCCAUUCGCUUUUUCACGGUUUUUAGUAGUGAGCUGCACUAUAUUGCCAAUGAACUGAACCGCAUCGUAGGCGGGAGGAACACUGUAAUAGCCAUAACUAUCUGGUCUCACUUCAGCACUUUCCCUGUAGAAGUGUAUAUCAGGAGACUGAGAAACAUUCGCAGGUCAGUCAUUCGGCUGUUGGAUCGGAGCCCUAAAACUCAGAUAGUUAUCAGGACUGCCAAUGUGCAGGAGCUUGGGCCAGAGGUUAGCCUUUUCAACAGUGACUGGUAUUCCUUUCAGCUUGACACAGUCAUGAGAAAAAUGUUCUCAGGUAUUGGGGUACACUUUGUGGAUGCUUGGGAGAUGUCACUGGCACACUACUUGCCACACAAAUUGCACCCAGAUGAUGUCAUUGUCAAAAACCAAUUAGAUGCAUUCUUGUCUUUCGUGUGUCCAACAGAAACAGCCUACACUUUCUUAAGAGGAAUUCAUAAUCAAAUGUGGUCUCUCUUUCUAUAGUUCAAUAUGGAAUAAAUGUUCUAUAUCAUGAGUUAUUGCCUGAUUUGAGGUACUAUAAACUGCACCUACUCAAGUCUGUACUAUAGCAUACAUACAUCUGUAGCGUUAGAAGACAGAUUUUUUAAACUGCUUGUAUAUACACAUAUAUCAUCUUGUGGAAAUAAAUCUUGGUAGUCCAAGAUAUUGCAGCG